CACCCCCCCAAGACCGCCGUCAUCACCUUGAGACUUGCUAAGUCCCCCGAAAAUCUCUUUCCGAUAUGAAGCGAUUUAAAGGUAUGUCGAAGGCGUCCAGCGCUUACUCCUUCAAGGGGCGACUGUUGCAGAAACAAGACCUGCGACCUAGGGCGCAGGCUCAGCGUAGACAGCAGGCUGCUCAGGAACGCGCAAAUCUCAUCAAAGAAAUGAGCUCUGAAAAUCGGACCAUGGUCCAUGAAAUGGACCUGGAUGCAGGCGACGCCUCUCCCGAACAGCAGGAGCUUUACGACGCCGCCUUCAAUACCAUGCCGCCCGGUGAAGAGGGAUUCGACCUCAGCCACGAAGGAGGGGAACACGAGGUGUUCGAGGAGUUCGUCCAUCACCUCCAGAACAUCACAGGAGUGCGGCGGGUAGACUAUCGUGAUAGGCGGAAUCGCGUCGAGCUCCGCACGACACAAUGGAAUGAGCAGAUUGACGUGCUCGUCAAUGCAUACCUCGAGUACAGCCAACAGGAGCAGGAUGGACUGGUGUGCGAGCCAGCGGGCGCAGAUGAAGGUGGUGAUGCUUUUGGCAUCGAGGUAAUCGAUAUAUUCCAUCGGCGUUAUCAGACUUUUAUCCCCACCCCGGGUGAAGCAUAUACCAACGCGACACUCCUGCGGUACGGAUACAUAGGCUGCUCCCCGGUACGCCCUUCUGUUGCAAUCUCGCUCCGGACGCUCGCCGUAUAUCGGCAAACACAUCGGGUAUGCCCGCGCCUCAGCAUUCAGGCGGAGGUCAAGAAAUCGUGUCACCUGCACCAGGUUCCCUAUCGUCGGUAUCUAUGUGAAUUGUUCACAAUUGCAUAUGAUAUAUACAUCGAGAUUCUCCACUGUGUAGAUGGCCGCAUUCGGACGGCGAUGCAGCGUGAUCAGCCAAAUUCUGAGCUUUUGAAUGCUUGCCCGGCUUGUAUGUACAAAUUGGAAGACGAGCCUCCACUAGAAUACUCUAUGAUGUGUGAGAUGGACGGUAACAAUUCUCUGAAAAGAAUUGAUGCUGCUCUUCGUGAGCGGCAGGCACGAACAGACACACGCCGGCCAAGAGGGCCUUUCUGGGUCGGUCAAGAGGAAGUUGACGGCUUCAAAGAUGAUGUCAAGGAUGACUCUGCUGAUCCCGACGACGAUUGGGAAGAAGAAUCCGAUUCGGAUCCUGUCGCCACCUGUAUUGAGCGGUGGAGGAACGCCGGACCCGAGCAACGCAAGAAAAUGUUCAAGCUAUUUGAUGAAGCGGGAAUAUUUGUGGUUGCCUGUCGGCACGGGGUUGUUGUUCUCGUCUGCGACAUUGUUCGCAGCGGGGAACUGGCUAAAUAUGGCCUCGCAAUGGUGAACAGGCUCGUUGACAUGUUUGGCUCCCGGAUCUGUAUUGGAUACGACAUCGGGUGUGCCUUUGAAGGCACCGUUAGCCGCAGCAGCAUAGCAGACAAAGCGUGUGAGUCGCUGCUUCGGUUUGUUGUGGGCUCAUUCCAUGGACACGCACACAACCGGGGUUGCCAGCUACGGUGGCACCCGCUUUAUGUCCGUGGCACCGGACGAUCAGACUUCGAGGGAUGCGAGCGUGUCUUCUCGGCAUCGAACGCGCUGGCUGCGGGUACACGGCAUGCCUCACGGUUCCAUCGCCAUCAAGCCAUUGACGAGCACUUCGCAUUCUGGAACCUGGACAAGUAUGCAUCAAUGUCGACAUUCCUCCUGAAUCACUAUCGUGAAGCCCAGCACGUCAUUGACAAUCAUCCACUGGAGAUCAAGGAAAUUCAGCGCAAGCUGGCGAUCUCAGAUGACAACUGCCUUGCGUAUAUACGGCAGGAACGUGAGUAUCUACAAGGUUUGAAGAAGGAGCCACCAGACGACACGCUCCGCUUUGACUACGUCGAGGCACUAGAGCAUCUUGAGAAAUGCUGUCUUGACGAUGCACGCGGGCACCUCAACCGUUUGAACAAUACGCCGGCACUUCCGAACCUGCACAAGUCGCUCGUGAACGCGAGCCGAUCUAUACGCUCUGCCGAGACCAAAUACCACAAUGCUGAAACCACAGCAGCACAACUAGAGAAGAGUCUCCAGCUUGAGAUGCGCUGGACAUCCGAUCACAGCGAGUUUCGGGCGAUAAAGGAGAAGUUGAAGGAGCGAAAGUAUCAGAGGGCUCUUGACGAGCUCGAACGUCUAGUUGUCCAGCGCCUCUUUGAGCUUUCGAAGCUCAAUAUGUCCGGAACUGGUAUGUAUAAUCUUUUCGCAUCCGACGCAAUCCGCCAGGCCCUCAGAAAGUACAACACUCUGGCGAGCACUCACACCCCUGCACGUCCGCAGCUCUCGUGGACCGACAUUGUUGAGUACUCGUUUCUGGGCGAGUUUGAACUGCUCCGACAUUCACGCGCUGAUAUCCGCGAGGCUCACUGGGCUCAGCCUUCUCAUCGGGAAGUCACACUGAAGGUGUUGCAGCUCGAGCGUGCUAAGGAAGAAGUCAUCCGCGUCAAUGUCGAAGCUCGCCGUCUACGGACGUUCAUCCAUGAUGAGACGCUAGCGGUACAUAAAGCUAUUUCAAGGGUCCAGAGCUCUGAUCCGCUCCUAGCGGCGGAGAUACGCAAGAGAUGGGCACUUCAGGAAGCUGUCAACUCAGUACAUAUCGCCCGGCUCGACCGUCUUGCUCUCCUGCCGGGAAUGUCAGGGAGUGAUGGUCUCAGUGUGCGGAUAGGCACCUCUCAAGACGCUUGUGCAAUGACAUCCGAUAUUCAAACCUCCGUGGACCCUGUGAUUCAAGAGGUCCUGAGUGGGGAUGCAGGUGGGGACGGAAUUCAGGAUGACGAGGAGCUUUCACGCAAUGUAGAGGGACUGGUUGAUUUUAUAGAGGCUGUCACUGAUUAG